AUGUCCAACUCCGACGCCGGUGCCGUUACUGAUCCAUCCACAACUCCAAGCAGCACCCAGAAACAGCAUUCUCGAAGUAAACGAAAGAAACGAAUUGCCAUCAUGGACCACAAGGUGGCUUUCAAGCCCAAAUACGCCAAACAACCCCGCCCUGACGCGCCUAUGAUCACCCGCCCAUGCACCGAGUGCGGCAAGAAGUUCUGGUCAUGGAAGGCGCUCUUCGGCCACAUGCGCUGUCAUCCCGAGCGGCAGUGGCGCGGCAUAAACCCGCCCCCAAAUCUCCAACGACAGCCUCCUCCGGAGAAGCAAACACCAGAACUCAUGACCCCAGAAGACCACGAAAUCGCGGCCGGUCUUCUGUUGCUGGCGAACUCGGAGGGGGCGGGAGCGUCGCGGUUCGAGUGCUCCAGUUGCAAGAGGGUGUUUGGGUCACACCAGGCUCUGGGAGGGCACAGGGCGAGCCACAAGAAUGUGAAGGGGUGUUUCGCGAACGAAGAUGAGGAGAUGAUGAUGGUUUUGGAAGAGCACAAGUGCAGCAGAUGCCUGAGGGUAUUUCCGAGUGGGCAAGCGCUGGGUGGUCACAUGAGGCGUCACUGGGAAAAAGCAGACCCCGAGCCUCCUCAUCCUUCCAUCCCCCAUCUGCAUCAUCCAGGCUGUGGCCUUGACCUCAAUUUGCCUCCCCCUCUCCCCCCUGAUUCCUCCUCUCCCUUCGCUCUGGAUUUGAGACUGGGACUUUAA